UGACGACCGGCUACAAAACGAUUUCCGGUAGCAGCACGAACGACGUAAUUUGUUUAGGAUUGUUGUUGCUUUUGUGUACAGCUUGGAAAACCAUUCAUCACACUGAGCAAUUCCAGCAUGGCUGCCAAUGCUCUAGAACAAACCUUGUUAAAGGCUACAAAAGUCAUAGAGGAUCAGAUUGAUGCAGAAAUUGCCAAAUUAGAUAAUCUAGAUGAAGAUGAUAUGGAGGCAAUUCGCAACCGACGGAUUCAAGCAAUGAAACAACUGCAGCAGCAGAAGCAAGAAUGGCUAAACCAAGGCCAUGGAGAGUACACUGAGAUCACAACAGAGAAAGAAUUUUUUGAUCAGUCCAAAAAGUCAAAGAACCUUGUCUGUCAUUUUUAUCGUGACACCACUUUUCGAUGCAAAAUUGUUGACAAGCAUCUUGCCAUCCUUGCACCCAAGCAUCUUGAGACGAAAUUUAUCCGUAUUAAUGUAGAGAAAUGUCCUUUUCUUGUGGAGCGACUGCGGAUUAAAGUUCUUCCUACAAUUUGUAUUGCUAAAGAUGGGAAAACCACAGACUAUAUUGUUGGCUUUGAUGAUUUAGGGGGAUCAGAUGACUUUCCAAUAGAAAUGCUAGAAUGGAGACUGGGACGUGCUGAAGUCAUUCAGUACUCUGGUGACCUGUUGACCCCUCCGUGGGAGCCAUCAAAAUCCUCAGUAAAGAAGAUUUUUAGUCAUGCCAAAAAAACCAUCCGUGAUGAUGGGGAUGAUGACAGUGAAGACGAUGGAGACUGGUGAAUUUAAUUUAACGAAGUUUUGUUUGCUGAGUGAUAUCUGCGUCAGAUAUCAUUUAUUUAGGUGAAAGUUUUUGUGUGCAUUGAGCACAGAUAUCCAAAUGUGUGAUUAACAACCCCUGUGAAAAUAUCUGAAUGGGUUGGGCUUAAGAAUACAGACAAAAACAAUCGUUUUACAAGGUGUAGGUUUUCCAGUCUAGUUUUGGGGGACAUAUUUCAUUUUUCAGUUUGGUUAUGAUAGUAGAAGAGAUGUUGACCAUCUGCAAAAUUUAUUUGUGUUGCUGAAUGCUGUGGCAUAUGGAAAGAGCCCUCUCCCUCUGACAGCCUCUUAGGGAAGAAACUGAAUUAGCUUCUCUGAGUUACCUUAUGAUUACUUCCCUUCCUGCUUUUUUAUUUACUUUCUCAUUUGUAAGAGACUAUGGGUAUAAAAUAAAAGUUAAUACAAGAACUGAAUGCUUUCUACUUAAUAUUAUAUUAUGUUGAAUAAAAUAUGCCUCUCUUAUCACAAAA